AACAAGUCAAUAAAGGUUGAAUUACACCAUAUCCACUUGUUUUUAUCAUCUCACUUAAUCAUUCUCUCUUCUCUUUUCUUUUCUUCACAACGCCAUUACAGUAGUUGUAGUAAAGCUCCUCCCUUUAGAUCUCCUCUCACUGCCAACACUCUCCUUGUCUGUUUUUCUCGAUUGCCCGUAUCCAAAUUCUCAUGUGUUUUGCUUAAAAAUCACUUUUUUAGAUGGAAACUCGCACGACGGCGGAGGAGGCGUCGUCGUCGCCGUCGCUGCAGCUUAACUCUAACGAAAACCCAUCACCACCGGGAGGAGGAGGAGGAGGAGGAGGAUCGGUUCCGAGCACCGCUCUAGCCGUCGUCAAACCCGCCGUCAAGAAACCGUCCAAAGACCGUCACACGAAAGUCGACGGCCGCGGACGGCGAAUCCGCAUGCCGGCGGUGUGCGCCGCGAGAGUCUUCCAGCUCACGAGGGAGCUCGGUCACAAAUCCGACGGAGAGACCAUCGAGUGGCUUCUCCAGCAGGCCGAGCCCGCCAUCAUCGCGACCACCGGAACCGGGACGAUUCCGGCGAAUUUCUCCACGCUGAACGCUAGUCUACGCGGCGGCGGCGGCGGGUUUGCUCAGUCGUCGAAGUCUUCUUCCUCGCCGUUGUCGUCCUUUCACGGUAGUGGGAUGUCUCUGUAUGAUGAUAGUAACGGAUCAGCUCCUUCCGUUGCGGUUGUGGAUCAGUCUAGGAAGCUGUUAAACGGCGGCGUUUUCGGGUUUCACCACCCGCCGAUAAUGUCGGCGGAGAGGAAUCCGUAUAGAGAAGAUUACUUCAAGGAGUCUGAAGUAGUAGUGCCAAGUGGGAGUUCUCAGGAUCAAGAAUUGGGCCCGGGUGUGGGUAUGGGUAUGGGCCGUGGGGUGGGGAAUGUGGUGCCUCAACCUAUGUGGGCGGCGGUGGCGCCUGGGAGUACGAACGGAGGAAGCGCGUUCUGGAUGCUUCCUGUGAGUGGGAGAGAGCAGAUGCAGCAGCAGCAGCCGGGUCAUCAGAUGUGGGCGUUUAAUCCUGGGAGUUAUCCGGUUGGGACGGGUCGGGUUGUAACUGCGCCUAUGGGGUCAAUGAUGUUGGGAGGUCAACAGCUAGGAUUAGGAGUGGCUGAGAGCAACAUGAUGCGUGGUGGCGGUAGAGACGGGGAUGGUUUGGGGAUGACGCUAGAGCAACAUCAACAUCAGCAUCAUCAAGAGCCAAACCAAGAUGAAGCUAGUGAAAACGGUGGUGAUGACAAGAAGUGAUCAGAAACCAAAACCAGCUCAUGACAUUCUAAAUGACCACAACUGCGGUUAAGAGGAUACUGCUGGUUGUUUGGCUGUUGAAUGCCUGCAAUUCCUGACAAAUAUGGUAAAACGUAUGUGUGUUUUAAAGCUGUUGAGAAAUUUGUCACAUCAUUUGUGGGUUGUUGUUUGUUUGUUUUCUUUGUUUCAAUAUUAAUAGAUGUGAAUAUGUUGAUGUACUUGUGAUAAAAAAAAUAUCAAUAUCAGAUUUUCAUUA